UGGAAUUAUACCUACUUACCGUAGGUAUUGCUCCAGUGCUCCGUACAAAUCGUAAAAUCUGCAUCUUUUCAUUAUUUUUUGUAAAAUUUAUUAUCCGAUGUGAAUCCACAGAAUAUUGUAGAUCAGUUAGAUUGUAAAUAUAUUUACUUUUCAAUAACACCCAACGAUAAAUUGCAUUAGAAUGAAAGUCGCCGCAAUAAUUUCUAAAAUAAUAAUAUAUUUAUCAUAACAUAACCUAAGGGUAAAUCGAGAGUAUGGAUGUGGACUUACUACGACCGGGCACCGUGCCCAUAUCCCCAGAUACAAUUCUUUGGUUUGAAUUCCUUCUAAAUCAAGAUCUUCUGAAGAAACACCUUAGUAAACCAAAUCCAGAACCAUCUCACUGUGAUUUGAUUGAAGAGUUCUUAUCAGUGGAUACCAAAAAUGCCAGCUCUAAACCUACUAGUGAACGAGUGGUUGAUGUGGAUACACCUCCAAGCCCACCAUCAUCCACUACUUCUGUCAAUCUGCAGUUCACUAGAAAACAACUCGCACUUAAGAUUUUAGCUCUAAAGGUAGCAGCUACUCUUAAUUGGAAUUUAGAUAUUCUAGAAAGCAAACUGCCACCCCAGAUCCAGCAACAGCUGAUGCAAGAUCUGGUUUAUAUGGCUUCUGAUACUGCAUUUGCUAUUCCACCGCAGGACUUUUCUCCAGAUCUUGUGCAAAAGCCUCAAGUACAGUUUGCUCUGACACUGUACCACAGAUGGAUUCUUCGAUUUCCUGUGAAAGCGGCCUUAUAUUCUAAAUCCAAUAAAUUAUCCUUCAUUCAUUUGCCUGGAUUACAAUCAGAAGGUGGAUUUGCACCAUUAAAUCAAAACUUUGAGAAGAUCCUAAGAAUGUCUGAAGCGACUCGCAUGCAAAGCAUCAGAUACUUAGAAGAAGUGUUGUCAUAUUAUGAAUUGUCCACACCAUUGGGGCGUAAAGAGCCCAAGAAAAUUAAGAUUCCAAGCAUUGAUGCUUUUGUUCACCUCACUGAGGACUCUGAUGACAUAAACCAUGAUUGGGAAGCCGGAGAUAUUGUUAUCAGCCAACAUGAACUUGCUAUGCAAAUUCAUUUUGAUCUCUGCUAUAACUACUUUUUUUAUGGCCAACAUGAUUUAGCUACCAAACAUAUUCUAGGCUGUAGAGAGAACUCCAAUCAGCUAGAAAGAGAAAUUGCGGUGUAUGGUUAUGGCGCACAUAAAAAAAUGCCCUGGGGAGAAUUCUACUACGCGAGUAUGACAAAUGAGGAAAUCAUCGGAUACAUCAGAGCUUUAAAUUUGGGCUAUGAAGUUCUUAAUGAAGAACCAUCUCUCUUGCAAAAAUUACAGGAGUCUGUUGCCAAUCACUAUACAGGUAUCAUUGCUGUUCUACAAGCUGACAACAUCAAGAGAGAAAUUCCAAUGGUUCAUAGACAAGUGGCAGAAUUAGAUAUACAGGGUUCUGCAUCUAGUGGAGCCUUCACUGUAGCUAGAGAUCUCUUGAAUAGAGUCUCGGCAUUAAAUGCGGUGAGGUAUGCCUUGGAUGGGGGCUUACCCUCCACUCAUCCCGAUUUUCUUAACAAGUUCAAAACGGUGGGCAUAAAAUUUUUCGAUCUGCUUUUCUGGGCGCUUGCGCCUGUUUUAGCAUCAGAUCUUUCCGAAAAGGAUUGGUCUAAUUUAAGAAUGUUUUUCCUCCAUCUAGCUACAUCUCAAUGUAGACUACCAAUAGACCGAAUAGACGAAUAUUUGAAAAAACACGUUGGCGAUGGUGCUGAAAGAAUAAGAAAGAAGUUGAUCACUGAUGAUGAAUUAAAUACAAUUAUAAAUGAUCCAGUCAACACUGAUGAUGAGAAUAUGGAUAUUCCUCGGGAGUUGCUCACUGAUGACUGGGAAACCCCAGAUUUUGAUUGCAAGACUGUACCUGAAUUGGAAAUGGGAAAGCUCAAGAAGCGCCUUAUCGAUGCGUCAACUGCUGAUGACGUGCGCAUGUGUUUAGUCAAACUGGCAAUGAUGGCGCCGGCAUCACCAUUGUGGAAAUUAAGCCCGUCCUGGAAACCGGCUGGUAGUUUGGGAAAUGCCUUGAUUGCGUUACCCAGGGGAUUUUUGCAGGAUUUUGGAUAUGUGGUGUCUGGGGCGGCGCGAGCGAGGGCUGAAGCAGGUUGCGCUCGCGUCGCUCUGUCUCUGUUGUCAGUAUUAGAAGGAGAGGUGCGAAACCAACUCGGGGGCGGGACGGACAGCGUGCUGUACCGGCUGUGCCGGCAUUUGUCGUGGGAGGUGCUGCUGCUGCAGGUGAACGUGAUGAUCAGCGAGUGGCCGCAUCACCGACUCAACUUGACGGCUUUGGCGAACAAAUGCAAAGCGUGCAUCUCUGCCGCUUCGUCCAACGACGGAGUUGUACCUCGACCUCAGGUGGUAGAGGCGUGUUGGACUGGGCUGGUGAACUCGUGCGAGUGGGAGGGGCUGAGCGCGGGCGCGGGCGGCGGCGAACUGGCGGCCGCGCUGUGCGCCGCCUGCCUCGAGCUGCAGCGCGGGAAGGCUUCCAGAAAAUUCCCGCGCCCCCUCUGGGACUACGCACUGUCAGUAUACAGCAACGGCUCCACGGGCCCAGUGAAGCGGAGCGCAAGCGGCAUGCCUUCACACCGGGACGGCCCCAACGCCGCCGAAGCCCGGAACUCUUUCAACGCCUUCCUCGCCACCCUGCGGGAGCCCCUCGCCAUCAGCGUCAUGUUCUCCCUCCUCGCGAGGCUACACAACCUCCUCAUAGACGACAGCUCUUUGGAACUCGUAGUGGAGUACACAACUCUCUGGCCCUCAAAUGUCUCCAACACGAAUAAUUAUAAUGUGAAGCACAUUGUUGAGUCUCUUACGGAUAUGCUGGAACGGAGUUUGAAACUGUAUCCGUACAAUACUUCUUGGUUGCGUCUAUACGGCGACGUAGAAAUGGCGGGGGGUCGCUGGGGCGCGGCGCUGCGGCGCUACCUGUGCGCGCUGACGGCCGCCUCGGGCCACUUCUCGCAGCGCGCGGCCGACGAGGGCCCGCUCGCACGCCGCGCCGCGCGCUGCUGCCAGGCGCUCGCCGCGCCCACGCAGGCCGCGGCCCUCUGUCAGCUGCCCGACGACCCCGACUACACCACCGCCUUCAAGUGCCUUGCCGAGCAGACAGGGAAUGCAGCAGACGCAAUGGACUCGUAUUACGGUUGUCUCUGGGACGGCACGCUGCUGGAAGUGGCGGUGGCGCUGCACGCGCGGCGGGGCGAGGGGGGGCGCCGCGCCCGCGCCGUCAAGGCCGCCGGCGCCCUCGAGCUCAACGCCAACAACAGCGAAGACAUCCAGAGAGAAGCGGCCGCCAUUCGCCGAGCGAGACUCCUCAGGGCUCUCACUAACCAAUACGUGGCUUAAUUUCCAAGCUAUAAAUGCGAAAAUCGAAACAUUUUGAUGUAAUUUGGAAUAGAUAUAGGUCGUCAAUUAUGGACUACCGCAGGCGGAGCUGCAAACAACAAUUAGUGUUGUAACUAUAGUUAUUAUUACAACACUAAUUAAGAUAAAAGAUAAGUAACGAGGCGCAUCCAAACAAGCCGGGGCGGUGGCACAGUAUAAUGUAGUGUGAUGUUACGACUACAACCUGAAGUGCGACUGGUGUAGUCUCUGUAUUUCGUAUUUCAGUUGCCACUAUAAGAAAUAAAAAAACAAACGUGUUUUGCCGUUUAUAUAAAUUUCUAAAUGUUGCUUUGCCUGCCGCCUGUGUGUAUGCUGCGCCAUAUAAUAUAUAUUUUUUUGUAAUUGAUUGCGAUGUCAUUUUUGGACAUGUUUACCAAGAUGACUUUUUGGCAUCCAAAACUUUUCUCGUUGUAAAUAUUAUAUUUUUAAUUUAAUAUAAGGAUAUGUAUUCAAACAAAAUAAAACAAUUUUAAUGUA